AUGUGGUUAAAACUUGAGGAAACCAAAGAAGUUCAGAGCCUCAGAAAGCGUCCCAAUGGGGUGAGCGCUGUAGCUCUGCUUGUGGGAGAGAAGUUGCAAGAAGAAGCAACCCUUGUGGAUGACCCAUUUAAGAUAAAAUCUGGGGGAAUGGUGGACAUGAAGAAGCUGAAAGAACGAGGCAAGGACAGGAUUAAUGAAGAGGAAGAUCUAAACUUGGGAACUUCCUUCUCAGCUGAAACCAACAGGCGGGAUGAAGAUGCUGACAUGAUGAAGUACAUUGAGACUGAGCUGAAGAAGAGAAAGGGAAUUGUGGAGAAUGAGGAGCAGAAGGUGAAGCUUAAGAAUGCUGAGGACUCUCUGUACGAGCUGCCAGAGAACAUCCGUGUCUCCUCAGCCAAGAAGACUGAGGAGAUGCUGUCCAACCAGAUUCUGUUGGUUAUGGCCUGAAUUGCCCGGAGGAGCAAUGCAAAAAUAAAAAACAUCAUCUCAACUGAAGAGGCCAAGGCCAAGCUGCUGGCAGAGCAGCAGAACAAAAAGAAAGACAGCGAAACCUCCUUUGUUCCCACGAACAUGGCUGUUAACUAUGUCCAGCACAACAGAUUUUAUCAUGAGGAGCUAAAUGCACCAGUGCGAAGGAACAAAGAAGAACCAAAGCCUCGCCCAUUGAGAGUGGGGGAUACGGAGAGGCCAGAACCCGAACGGUCUCCUCCAAAUCGCAAACGUCCGCUCAAUGAAAAAGCAACGGAUGAUUAUCAUUAUGAGAAAUUCAAGAAGAUGAAUAGGCGAUACUGA